GAUUUGACAGUUGUAGGUCUCUCGCCGACCGUACAGUAGACUUCCUUAGUGGGGCAGGGACCAUGGCGGCGGCUGCUGCCUGCGGCCAACACUGCGCCGGGAUAACGCCCGCUGUUACCGGCAAAAAAACGCACACUAACAGGGAACAUAGUCGGAGGAACCGGGAGAACUCUCGCAGGAGACAAGCGGCUCUUUUGUUCCUCAGUAACAUCUCCCUGGACGGGCGGCCAGUUCAGAGUAAUGCAGCCGAGAAUUCGGGAAGCCACCGCCACAUAGAAACGGACUUGGAGGGAGCGGACACCAGCUCUGCGGUGGUGGCUGCGGUCGGUUUGUGUCCGGAGCUGUGUAGUAAUAACAACCACGGUCCAAUGUGUUUGUCUGCGUCCACGAGCUGCGGGAACGCAAACCUCCCCUCAGCAUCGAAGACAGGGCUCCUUAACGUACCUCCUAUCCUCGUCUUGCCGUCCGAGCCCGGGCUUAACGAUGAGGGCAGCGCGGACGUAGUGCUGGGGUGCCGCAGAGGCUCCUUCCCUUCACCGGGCAACAGCCACCUGCUCUCACCGUCCCCGUCCAACAUCAGCCUGCUUCCGUCGCCGCUCGGACCGCGGAAGUCUUCCACUCUGCUCUCAGUUCAUAGCUGUAACUCGGUGUCCUCGGAGCCCAGACAUAGGACACGCAAUCUCUCUGGUGGUUCUCCCAGACCUCGACACACCAAGAAGAUUCACUUCAUUAAAAACAUGAAACAGUAUGACACAAGAGGCAGCAGAAUCGUGCUGAUCUGUGCUAAGAGGUCUCUAUGUGCUGCCUUCUCUGUCCUUCCCUAUGGAGAAAGCUUCUACCUCAGUGACCCUACAUUAAACCACCCAAGGAGAAGACACUCGUCAGGAAACAUCUCCACCCUAGAGAUGCUGCCGGGGCUGGAGGGUUUCCACCUAGACACCUAUGGCAGGUCGGUCUCGUAUGCCCAGUACCUCUACCCCACAAACGCUCUGGUGAGGCAGAAGCCAUCAUCAGCCAGUGACCUGACACUGCAGAUCCCUGUGUCCAGGAGCGCACACAGCAUGCCAGGCAGGGGUUUUCCCCCGAGCAGGCUGAACAGCACUGUGGGCUUAGACCUAGGACUGGAUGAUGUGACUGACUACGACCCUAACCUCCUCAGUGACCACCAGUGGCCUUGUGGAAAACACAAGCGGGUGCUGAUCUUUGCCUCCUACAUGACCACAGUUAUAGAAUAUGUCAAACCAUCUGACCUGAAGAAAGACAUGAACGAGACCUUUAAGGAGAAGUUCCCUCACAUUAAGCUCACGCUCAGCAAAAUACGCAGUCUGAAGAGAGAGAUGAGAGUCAUUGGGGAAGACUGUGGCAUGCAGCCCGUCACCAUCGCAAUGGCAUUUGUCUACUUUGAGAAGCUGGUGCUGCAGGGACGACUGAACAAACAGAACAGGAAGCUGGUGUCAGCUGCUUGCAUCCUAUUGGCUGCUAAGAUCAGCAGUGACCUCAAGAAACAGGAGGUCAAACACCUCAUUGACAAGCUGGAGGAGCGUUUCAGGAUCAGCAGGAGGGAGCUGAUCACAUUUGAGUUCACCAUCCUGGUCGCCCUGGAGAUGGCGCUGUACUUCCCAGAAAGUAAAGUCAUGCCACAUUACAGAAGACUGGUGCAGCAGCAGCAGUUAUAACAGCAUCUGGCUCCACAGCAGAGCAGCAUGCUGAUCCCUGCCUCUAGGGACUCCAAGCACCUUUCAGCUCCACGACGUGACGGACCACUUGUCAUGAUGUCUGGCUCAAAGGCUCAGAGGUACUGAGGGAAUCACCUUCCCCCGAUGCUCACAUUGCAGACACCAAAGUUCAGCCACACUGUGAUGGUAGCAGGCCUGGUAAAGCCUGGCUCAGUAGUUUAGAGUGCAACAGCACUUUCUUUCCUCCUCCUAACACUGUGAUCAUGGUUUCAGCAACACCGUGAUAAUCACCAGAUGUUAAAAUCAUCAGAAACUUAAAGAAAAGUACGAUAUUUUUUUUUUUUUUUUGCCAGAUUUUGACUGCCAUCAUUUUUAUAAAAAGAGCAUUAAGAUGAGGUCACAGUAUGGGAAUGAUUAAAAGAAGCAAAACUACUUGACUGUAAGACAGCCUUGAAACAUUUAAGCCUGUCUGAGAUGCUCUAACCAAACCAGCUCUGCUGCAUCAGCCUGUUCGGACAAAUGUUCCACAUGCUUCGCAGUCACAUGGUUAUAAAACUAAACGUUACUGCCAAGGACAAAACAAGUCAAGAUCAAAUUGUACUGCAACAUUUUCAGUGUUGCAAUAGCAUUUAGUUGUUAAAAAAAAAGCAAACAGAGGCCUGAUUCUGUGAAGAAACAAACCUGUACUGUUCAGAGGAAACACAGAGUUGACAACUCUGCGGUGACGGCAGUCUGAUCAGAAGUGACCAUAUCGUUUCAGAAUCACAAUCAACUGCUGUGCUGAGUCACUGAACACGAGCAUGACUUGUGUGCACUCGACAAUCAUUGCAUCUCAAAUCAACAGAGUGGUGAGUGUUUUUAGCGUGUGUAGCAGUUCUGUAGCACACAUUCCUAAAGUGAGGGACAGAAGAUUUUGUCUCGUUGUUACUGAGUUUCAGGCCGUGAAAGGAAAUUGUUCCAGCACUGUAUGUUCUUCGUCCCCGAUGUCAUUGUAUUUUCCUUAUCACUACACUUUCCCGUUUUCAAAGUUUCUCUUCUUGCUUUUGAACUCCCUCUCAUUUGCUUCAUGGUUGGUUGUGUCUUCUCUCAUUGUAUCAUAAUUUAUGAAAUUUAAUUGAACAAGUU